AAAACCAUAGCAUUUAAAUAGUUAAAUCCCAGACUCUUGCUCUGUUUUUUGCAUGGCUGUGAGUGCAUCCUCAAUACUGAAGCGUCUUCUUCAAAACAUAAACCAUAAACCCCAAAACCUCAGUUCCAUAACCAAAUCUAUCCUCAACCACCUUAACUCAGGCCGUUUCCGACAAGCUGUUUCGGUUCUCUUUGCUUCCCCAGAACCCUUACCUUACUCUCUUUACGCCCAUCUUUUUUCCCUCUGUUCCUCCAAAAAAGAUAUCGUCGAUGCCCGGAAACUUGAAUGCCACCUACUCACGUUCUCUCCGUGUCCCCCAGUUUUCCUACUGAACCGUGCCAUCGAAGCGUAUGGGGAAUGUGGGUGUUUGGAUGAUGCAAGGGGACUGUUUGAUGAAAUGCCUGAACGGAAUGGUGGUUCCUGGAAUUCGAUGAUAACAGCAUAUGCAAGAAAUGGAUUUCAUGAAAGUGCUUUGUGCUUGUUUUCGGAGAUGAUUAGAGAAGGAAUCGUGCCAAAUGUGUUUUCAGUCGUUAGUGUAUUGGGCUCUUGUGGUAUUCUCUUAGAGUUUGGACUUUCAAGCCAAGUUCACGCGUUGGCCAUGAAAUAUGGUCAUUCAAAAAAUGUAAUUUUGGGGACUUCACUCGUUGACAUUUAUGGGAAAUGUGGGGUUAUGAGAAAUGCAAGGCGGAUGUUUGACGAGAUUGAGACUCCGACUGCUGUUUCCUGGAAUGUGAUUGUUAGACGAUAUCUUGAGAUUGGGGAUGGAAAGGAGGCAGUAUUAAUGUUUUUUAAGAUGAUCCGAGGAGAUGUUAAACCUUUGAGUUUUACAUUCUCAAAUGCUCUUGUUGCUUGUUCAACCAUGUCAGCACUUAAGGAAGGGAUGCAAAUUCAUGCUGUUGUGACUAAGAUUAACUAUGAGAAGGAUAAAGUGGUCUCUAGUUCACUUAUUGAUGUGUAUGUGAGAUGUGGGCAUCUAGAAAGUGCUCGUGCAGUAUUUGAUCAACUUGUUUCCAAGGAUUUGAUUUCCUGGACUGCGAUUAUGUCGGGUUAUGCCGUGAGUGGGAGAAGUAGAGAGGCAAGAGAACUCUUUAAUAUGAUGCCCGAACGGAAUCUUAUCUCAUGGAAUGCAAUGCUAGCAGGGUAUACUCGAUUGUCUCAUUGGGAUGAUGCCUUAGAAUUUAUUUUUCUUAUGAAGAGAAUAACUAAAGAAAUUGAUCAUGUGACGCUUGUUUUAAUUUUAGAUGUCUGUGCUGGCCUUUCAGAUGUUGAGCUGGGGAAACAGGUUCAUGGAUUCAUCUACCGUCAUGGGUUUUCCACCAAUAUUUUUGUAAGCAAUGCACUUCUCAAUAUGUACGGAAAAUGUGGAACCUUGAAAAGUGCCAGAGUUUGGUUUUAUCAAAUGAGUGAGGGACGGGAUACUGUUUCUUGGAAUGCUUUACUAACUAGCUAUGCACGGCAUCAGCGGGGUGAGCAGGCUAUUUCAUUAUUUAGUGAGAUGCAAUGGGAGUCGAUACCCAGCAUAUAUAUCCUUGGAACCCUUCUUACAGCUUGUGGAAAUAUAUUUGCCCUUAAUCAUGGCAAACAAAUCCACGGGUUCAUGGUUAGAAAUUUUUAUGAGCUGAAUACAGUGAUAAGAGGAGCAUUGGUUAGCAUGUACUCUAAAUGUCGUUUCGUUUUAUAUGCUUUUGUGAUUUUCAAAGAGGCAGAUUCACGUGACGUGGCUCUUUGGAACAUCAUGAUUUUCGGACUUUGUCACAACGGAAGGGGUAGAGAGGUACUUGAACUUAUUGGAUUGAUGGAGGAGGGUGUCAAACCAGACCAUGUAACCUUUCAUGGCAUUCUGCUUGCAUGCAUAUGUGAGCAUGAAGCAGAGUUGGGUAGGCUUUAUUUUAAUUCAAUGAGUGAUGAAUAUUUCCUUAUACCCCGGAUGGAACACUAUGAGUGCAUGAUUGAACUCUAUAGCAGGUGUGGGUGCAUGGAGGAGCUCGAGAAAUUUGUUAAGAGUAUGCCAUUUGAGCCAACUGUGGCAAUGUUGACCAGAAUUUAUGCAUGCACGAAGCAUGGUGCUGUAAGGUUUGGGGAAUGGGCUGCUGAACAACAUAAUCAGUUGAAUUCUUAUACUCCACUAAGAUAUCAACUCAAGGACAAUAGGAAAACAGGUAGGUAGGCAAGUGUUGGUAUGUAAACAAAAUGUUCUCCAGAGGGUCUUUUUAUCCCAAA